GAACUAGUUGCAAGUUCGCCGAGCGAAAGGAAUUGGAGGGGAAUACUCAUUGCUCUUUUGGUGAUUGUUGCCGUUUUGGGCCUCAUUGUCUUCAGCAUAAUUUUAGUGUCACCUCCGGAAGAAGGUCCCAGAACGAAAGGUAUCAAACCAAGUUUGGAAGACAUUUUUCUUAAACUUCCACCUGCAGCCAAAUUCAAUGGAACAUGGAUAUCAGAUAGCGAAUUUAUCUACAAGGAUGCGCAUGGAAGCGUUCUACUUUUUGAUGCAGAUAAUUUGACGACAACCACUAUAAUGUCCAACAUUACUUUUAUGCAAUACGAAGUGGACGAUUUCAAAAUAUCGAAUGGAAUGAAGUAUAUGCUCCUUAUCAGUGAUUUGAAGAAAAAUUAUAGAUACACAACCUUGGCGAAAUAUUAUAUUUAUGAAGUAGCUACAAGACUAAGGAAACCGUUAUCUCCAAAAGAAUUAGAUGACAACGCCCCUUACCUUCAAUACGCAGAAUGGUCACCUGAUGGAGCUGCGGUCGUUUUCAUUUAUGAAAAUGAUAUAUUUUAUAAACCGAAAGUCGAGAAAGAUCUUGUAUGUAGGAUAACAUAUAACGGUAAACCAGGAAUAAUAUUUAAUGGGGUACCAGACUGGCUUUACGAAAAUUUCAUUUUGAAAACAUCACAUACGAUAUGGUUUUCUCCAGAUGGGCUAUAUUUGCUCUAUAUCACUUUCAACGACACAAAUGUUGGAGAAUACAAGUAUUCCUGGUAUGACACACAAGGAUCUGAUCAGAUGGUAUACCCGAAAAUAAAAUCGUUCAGGUAUCCAAUGGUGGAGACAAAAAAUCCAGAAGUUUCAGUUUGGAUAGUCAACCUAACGUUGCCAAAAUAUUUAUUUCCUUCUAGACUGAAACCUACCAAUAGUGUCGAACCUGAUAGCUACAUCACAAGUGUAACCAUCCAAGAUAAAAACAAUGUUGGAGUCGUCUGGUUGAACCGAGAUCAGAACUUGUAUGUAAUAGUCACGUGCGAGUUUAGAAAUAACUUCAAUUGUUCUGAUUUUCAUGUUGAGAAGGAGCACAUAGGAUGGACAGAACCAAUAUUCCAUCCGAUUUUCAACACGAACGGCACGAAGGUUCUUGUUCGACUUCCUGUUAAGGAUGAUGAGAAUGGCUACUUCAUGCACAUCUGUGAGAUUCACAAAAAUAGAGUGAGGCCUCUGACGCAUGGAUCAUUUGAACUGACAAGGAUACUGGCUUGGGAUGAAGAAAAUUCAAUGAU